AUGCUCCAGGGGACAGAGGACACGAUCGCUGCACUUAAUCAGCAUAUUAUCCAGAUGGAGAUGCAUAAGGCCCACAGACAUGGGAAAGAUGCGUCCCAUUGCACAGCUGGGAACCUGAAGACAAAGGCUCUUCAUCCAAUUUACCAUUCGCUGCUUCUGUCCAUCGAUGGCAGUGUUCCUCAUGACAGUGAAGUUUGCUCAGUGACAGCUCGACAGACCAGACCCUCUUCAGUGACAGACAUGGCCUUUGAGCCAAGUGGAUUUGGUUAUGAAAGCCACACUGUCAAUUUUUUUCUGUCUCAUCCUUUUGCUUUAGCCACAUUGGGAUUAUCGUCUACCGAGGAUGAAGGCGAGGACCCCUGGUACCAAAAAGCAUGCAAGUGUGAUUGCCAAGGAGGACCCAAUGCUCUGUGGUCUGCAGGUGCCACCUCCUUGGACUGCAUACCAGAAUGCCCAUAUCACAAGCCCCUGGGUUUCGAGUCAGGGGAGGUCACACCAGACCAGAUCACCUGCUCUAACCCGGAGCAGUAUGUGGGCUGGUAUUCCUCGUGGACUGCAAACAAGGCCCGGCUCAACAGUCAAGGCUUUGGGUGCGCCUGGCUCUCCAAGUUCCAGGACAGUAGCCAGUGGUUACAGAUAGAUCUGAAGGAGAUCAAGGUGAUUUCAGGGAUCCUUACCCAGGGGCGCUGUGACAUCGAUGAGUGGAUGACCAAGUACAGCGUGCAGUACAGGACCGAUGAGCGCCUCAACUGGAUUUACUAUAAGGAUCAGACUGGAAAUAACCGGGUCUUCUAUGGCAACUCGGACCGCACCUCCACGGUUCAGAACCUGCUGCGGCCCCCCAUCAUCUCCCGCUUCAUUCGCCUCAUCCCGCUGGGCUGGCACGUCCGCAUUGCCAUCCGGAUGGAGCUGCUGGAGUGCGUCAGCAAGUGUGCCUGAUGCCUGCCUCAGUUUGGCGCCUGCUGGGGGGUGACCGGCGCAGAGCAGGGCCGUAGGGGACCCCCUCACAUACCACUGGGAUGGACAGGGCUAUAUUUCGCAAAGCAAUUUUAACUGCAGUGCUGGGUAGUUACUUUUUUUUUUUUUUUUAAGAUAUAGCUUUCUGAUUUCAAUGAAAUAAAAAUGAACUUAUUCCCCACUCAGGGCCAGAGAAAGUCAGAACAAAGAAAAUGUCCCGAAAACCAAUUUUCUUACAAAAGCCUAAGCAGCAGGGGUAAUUUUCUGCUCAUUUUUUCUCAGUGACACUGUGAAAGGUGCAGUCUCAGGGGAACACAAAGCAGUCCUGAUAAUUUGAAAAUUCCUGUGCUUUACCACAUUCAAGACAAAAACAUAGUUUCCUAAAGCCUGGCUUUGAAUGCAGAAGGCAGCAGUUACUCCUAGUUAACUUUCCACUAAAUCAUCGCCAAAGAGGACUUCAGAGCCCGGGGGAGGCAGCUGAGGAUCUCAAGGGUGACUGAGU